AUGGACCGCUUGUUGUAUUUUAUGCUUCGACAAGGCCGCCAGCAGGACGACAGUUCCUCCUCUUGUUGUCCAUCAAUGCUAUAUUUGGCUUCAAUUUUAGGCAAUCUAAAGGUCGUCGACAUCCUGAUCAGCUAUAAAGUAGAUGUGAGGGCGAAGAACAACAUUGAGUACACGUCGAUCUUUGCUGCUUGUUUACACGGACAUUUUGAGGUCGUCAAAAUCCUACUCGAAGAAGACCCAGCCCUGCUGGAUUGGCGGCAACCUGAGACACCCUUGUACGCUGCCACGUCUUCGGGCUUUUGGAAGUGUGCUGAGCUGCUGCUUGGAAAGGGAGCAGAUCCUAAUCGACCAAGAAAAGAUACUCCAGAAACAUCGGGAGAUGACCUUCCAGAUUACGACUGGACUCUUAUCAGCAUAUCGUGUUCAAACGGCUACGUAAAUACGGUACAAAAUUUAUUGGAAUACAAAGCCGAUCCCAACACGGCUGGGCCAUCUGGGAUAAAUACAUGUCUUUGGCUCGCAGCAAUGAAUUGCGGCAGUUUGGAAAUAAUGAAGCUGUUACUUGAGCAUGGCGCCGACCCCAACCAUGAGCUUUUGGAACCACCAAUACUGAGCGAAAUCAUAGAGAACGUCAAAAUAUCAGACAUGACGAAAAUCAAAAUGUUCGAUCUUCUAAUUGAGAACGAUCGUCCAGUGGACCUAGAAAGAGAGACAA